AACACUGCAGCCUGUUUGUUUGACAGGUCGCGAAAUGAAAAGUCCGAACAUACGCGUUUCAGUUUUCCGCUAAAAAUGGAUCAAGAUCUCGAUUUUUUUGUGCUGGAUCCCCGUUGCCGCCUGUGCCGGUCACCGGAUGCGACCGGCGGCAGGACGUUCGUGAACGAGAAGGACCACCAGCAGCGCCGGCUCGUGUCGGAAAUGAUCAGCAGCUGCACGGCGGUCAAGAUAUACGACCACGACCGGUUGCCCCAGCACGUUUGCGGCCCAUGUCUGGAGAAACUGCGCGAGGCUUACGCGCUGUGGCAGCGGUGUCUGGCGUGCCAAAAGAGCGAUUUUCGGUGCCAGGCGGGGAAGGAGGACGAAUUCUUGCGGUGCCGGAUCUGUCACGCUGAAGAGUGCGACGAGCUGUUUUCGCUCGAUUGUCCCGGAAGGGUCGAGGAAGCGCCGAUUGGCGACAUGCUGCUAGAUUUUGCGAAUGUGAUGGUUGUUCCCGGGGACGGACUGGCUGCGUACGUUUGCGAUGGUUGUCUGGAGCUGCUGGAGAGAGCGAGGGUGUUCAAGCGGGAGUGUCUGCAGGCGGAAGUUGCGUUUUUGAACGAUACCAUUCACGCUUGGGAGAAAAUGGAGUUUCAGGAAGGACAGCCUUCGCAUCUGGUGGUGGAGUUGUUUGCGAAACCAAUCUUUGAAACGCCCAAGCUGGUUCGAUGUUCGGUUUGUAGCUUGAAACGCCCCAUUCGGCAGAUUGCGAAGCACUGCGAGGGAUGUAAGCUAGAUUUUGAUGGCCUGGAGCCAAGCAGUGAGUGUGAAACAGAUGAGAAGGUUGAACUACUGGUGGUCGUGGACUCGGGCAACGAUGAAGAGAGCGAGGUACAGGCGAAACGGCCGCGGAUGGCAGACAAGAAGCAAUCACCGGUCAAACGGGUUGUGUCACAGUCUUCAGCUAAGACCAUGCAAAGAAAUCAAGAGGAUCCAAACGCGGUGCAUGCCCGAAGCAUUUCCCGAAAUUUGACAAAGUUAAACCAGAAGAUCGAGCAACACUUCCAGAUUGUUUCGAGUCCUCCGGGUGCCACCUACCAGACCAUGCGCCUCAAAUCGUUCCUAUGCUGUGGCUGUAACCGGUUCCUGAUUAACCAAGAAGCUUUUCGUAAGCACUUGCGUGAAUUUCACCCCAAACCAACGAUCCAAUCGGAAUUCGUCUGCGGCAUUUGCAACUCCGCGUUCGGAUCGAAGAAGCUCUUACUGGCGCACAGGGACAAACUGGGCGCUCGGUUGUACAACUACUGUAAAAUCUGUGACAUCGUUCUGCUGGAGGAGCGCAGCUUCGUGCGGCAUCAAAUGAUGAACCACUUGACCGAUCGGCAGUUGAAGGAAAUCGAGCAGCAAUUCAUCAGGAACGUUACGACCAAGUGCCGAUCCGUUGAGUCGGUGCCGGAUGGUGACGCAACGUGUGACGAUUGUGGAAAAAGCUUUGCCACGGAGGAAGACUUGUCCGGUCAUCGGUACGAGAGCUUCCAGUUCACCUGUCAGCAAAAGGGCUGCAGUUACGUGACCAAGAACAGAGAGUUUAUGAUUGUGCACUGUGUCGUCGGUGACCACAGCAAGCAAAAGUCCGAAUCAACGACGAGCAUCGUCGAAGAGCCUCCAAAGGAACUCGACGAAGAUACCUUCAUGGUGGAACUGGAAGAUGGCGUCGAGGACGCAGAUUCUGACUGGGAGCCCGAUCUUAUCUACGACACGGAAUGGAUUCGUCCGGAUAGCGUCAAACGUCAGGUAACGCUUCAAUUCCCCAGCAAAAAUCCGUCCAAGCCACAGUUGGAUGAGGAUGCGAUCGCAAUCUCGUCGUGUCGCGCCAACUUGGAGAAAAGGUCCCUGAGAAUGGAGGACGUGUUCGAACUACUCGAGACCAAUCCGAGCGGCAUUCAUCAGUACGUCCGACGGAAGACGCCCUUCUGCUGUGGCUGUAAUCGGUUCGUCCUCUCUAACGAAGCAUUCCUGAAGCACCUGGAAACGUUCCACCCCAAAAAGCCAACGGAUUCCAAAUUCGUUUGCCACAUCUGUCACACGUCGUUCACGGUGAAGAAGAACUUCAAAGCCCACAUAGACAAAAAGGACUGCCACGUGUACAACUACUGCAAACCGUGCGAUAAAAUCGUGCUGGACGAAAAGACCUACGUCAAGCAUCAGCUCAGCGUGCACUUGACGAACCGGCAAAAGGCGGAACUCGAGAAGCAAAUCGCACCGGUAACCGUAAAAAGGUGCACCUACCACUCGCGCAUCUCCUUCUCCGGACUCAUGGGCAAGCGCACGAACUUCCGGUGCAACUUCUGUCGGCGUUACUUCGCGUCGCAGGCCUCGCUGGAUGGGCAUAUGCAGGACGUCGUCGAGUACGCGUGUCUGGCCGAGGGUUGCGAGAUCCAGUCGCGCCACCGGCAGAGCAUGAUCGUGCACUGCAGCCUGGGAAAUCACCGCCAGCAGCCGAGGGGCGAGAUGAAGGAGUUGAACUUCCGGCAGAGGUCGAUGCUGUUCGACGAGGCGCUGCCGGUGGCGGCCGAACGGGUCGAGGACCUGUCUCAAGUGGCCAUUCCCAUGAAGCAGCUGCGCAUAUUUUUGAAGGGAAAUUCGCUGCAAAUGGAAGACAUAUUCGGGAUUCAGAAGGACAUCGACAACCAGUACGUGCACUGCAUUAAGCUGCUGCGCAAAAAGCCGUUGUGCUGCGCCUGUAAUUUGAUGUUCAUGAGCGAACAGGCGCUGUCCAGCCACAUGCAGAGCGAACACACGGAACGUCCCGAGCCCGGUGUUGACCCGGAGCUGGUUUGCAAGCUUUGCUACACGGUGUUCGGGAAGCGAGCGUUGCUCAAGUUUCACACUGACCGGCUGCAGACUAAGAGCAGUCAGUUCACCUACUGCAAGCUGUGCGAUGCUAUUGUGCUUGCGAAGAGCUUCACCCGCCACAACUUUAAGCGACACCUGACCGAUGAGAAGAUGAGCGAACUCGAGGGCCAAUUCACUGCGGUGUCGUCGUACGGCUGUCGAGAUGCCGAUUCCCUGACGGAAAUCGACGAAGGUAGAUACAAGUGCGCGUGCAAGUGCGGGAAAAAGUUCGAGUCGAUUCUUUCCGCCAGAGCUCACCAGGCCGGAAGUCAGGACGUGAUGCUGUACUGUAAAGUCGAGGGCUGCCGGUUCCAGACCAGCAAGAAGAUGGAAAUAUUUGAACACUGUAUGGAGGAAGCUCACGAGGUGCCAGCGAACCCCGAAGAUCAAGAGGCAGAUGAUGAGAUUUGCUUCUCGGAACGGGAAAUGGUUUACUUUAAGUGCUGUUUUUCGAGGUGCUUCAGGAAGUUUGCCGCUGAAGAUAGUUUGCUCGCACACUUUGCGACACAUGCUCCUGCACCGGCGGAUCUGGAGCCCAACACAUGCCACAUCUGUGGAGAGACUUUUUCAAGCGAUGAAGAUUUUCUGGCUCACAUGGAUCGACGCUAUACCGUCAAAAUGUUCCGAUGCGUCAAUAAACCUUGCAAGUAUCAGUCCGAGUUUUUGCCUAACGUCCAGUUGCACUACAGGUCGUGCAAAGGGCUCGUUCUGCGAAAAGCAUGGAAAUGUCCAAAGGACAAAAUUCCGGAACAUUUAGUGAAGGUUGGCCAACUGGACGAGAUGAUCGAUAUUAUCGAAGGCAAAGGACCGUUCUGCUGCGGUUGCCGUCAAGUGCUGGGAAGUGAAGCUGAACUCCAGGAGCAUCUGCAACGGGAGCACGCGACCCGUGAUCCGGCUCGUCCCUUGCACUGUCCCACGUGUAACAAAGGCUUCAAGCUAAAGAGCUUCCUGGAGAACCAUAUGCGGGAGUCUGCUGAGCGUAGAUAUUAUCACUGCCGUAUUUGCAAAACCCUGCUGCUGAACGAGCUGCAGGUGAAGCACCACAAAACGUACAUCCACGCCUUCGAAGACCCGUCCGAGCUCACGGAGUUCUACGACACGAUCACGUCGGAUUUGCUGCCCUGCUGCGGCUGCGAUGCAAAGUUCGCGACACAGGAUGAGCUUGCGCUGCACUGCUCACUCGCCCAUCCGGCGCCCAGUAUCUUAAAUCGGCUGCUGUGUCCCAACUGCCACCUGCAGCAGUCAAGUUUGAAGUCAAUGACCAGCCACUGUGCCAAGUACGGCAGUAAGACGUACUACAAGUGCAAGAUUGGUGACUGCAGGCUGCAAACAAAGAUUUUGUCCAUAAUUCAACGGCACGUGUCGGCGGCGUCGCACGAGGACCAAGGGGGAAGUUACCGAAAAUAUCUGGAGAACCAGCAAACGUUUUACUGCUGCGUGGUGAAUUGUACGUUUUCCAGCGAGUUGUACGAUUUGCUCAUUGAUCACGGCAUCGCCGAACACGCGAAGGAACGUGAGCAUCUCAGCGCCAAGCGCAGGGAUCGACCACUCACGUGUCCCGUGUGCUGCAAAGGUUUCAACGAGGAGAAACAAAUGAUCAACCACCGAAACGGCGCGAUUCUCGUGGCCUGUGAAAUUUGCAAAAACAAGACGCCAGCACCGGACUUUGCUGCCCACCUGGAAGAGUGCAGGCGAACCUACUCGAAGGCGUGCCCACAUUGUCCAGAAGUGUUCGCGACCUAUGGCGAAUUCGUGAAACAUAACAACCAACUCCACGGACAUGCAAGACCUAAGAAGAAAGUAGUUUGCAGCAUUUGCGGAAUGCUGGUGGUUGAAAAUAUUCUGGCAGAUCACAUAGCAUCGCACGAAAACAAGCGUGCCUGGAAGUGCAACCAGUGCUCGUUAGCGUUCAACACCAAAACUAAUCUGAGCCUGCACGAGCGUCGCGUCCACACCACCGAGCGGAAGUACCGGUGCACGGUUGUGGGCUGCGACAAAACGUACCGCUACGACAUUGACCGCGUUCGGCACGAAAAUGUGGUACAUUUCAACCUGAAGCCGUUCGCGUGCGCCGAAUGUCCGGAAGCGUUCGUGCGAAAUCGUGACCUGCAGCUGCACAUGCGGCUGCACACCGGUCGGAAGCUGUACACCUGCCAGAGGUGCCGGGCCGAGUACGACCGGAAGAGCGAAUUUGUGGCGCACCAGGAGCGGUGCGGGGAAGCAAGGUACGACGAGGACGUUUCGGCGUACGAGGAGUACAUUGAGGAGGAGAUUGUUUCCAAUGUGGGAAUCUGGCAGCACUGCUCCAUCGAAAGUGACAGUUGCGGUUGUUUGUUUACGUUUUUGCUCAAUGUCGAGUGCGAAAGUGAACGCUUAAAAAUGGAUCCCCGGUGCUGCAUUUGCCUCGAAACGAAUGUGGCCGAGCUGGUUCCGGUGUCCUGCCAGGUGGCAACGCGCCGUAAAACCGCACACGAGAUGAUGCAGGCGCUUGUUUCUACCCACAUUGGAACGCUCCCAGUGCGACGGUCCGUCGAGCUCGAUGCGACGCUGUGCGAUGGCUGUCUUGGUCGACUGGAUCAGGCCUAUUCGAUGUGGAUCGCUUGCAGUGAAGCCAUUUUGGGACUUAAAAUGAAGGAAAAUUGCAGUCGUUGUUGUAUUUGCCGCACGACCGAUGCGUCUCAGUUGGUUCCGGCGCGUUCGGUAUGUACGACGUGGGAUGUUACUAUAAGUUGUAUGUAUCACUUUAUGACCGCCGUUGAGCUACAAGAUGGUGUCGAUUUCGCGUUGUACGUUUGUCGAUCUUGUCUAGACGAUCUGGACGAAGCAUACGAGUUCAAAUCGAAACUGUUAAAGUCGGAUUGUGAGGUGAUCACUUGCUUGCUUAAGCCCUGGCAGAAAAUGGACUUUGAAGACGGUAGUCCAGCGCGUUUGGUAGUCGAUAUGUUCGCUGAAAUAGUAGUAGAACCAGGUUGUACAAUGCAACAAUGUUCCGUCUGCGGGUUGGAAGUUGAAACCAGUCAGUUGGCGGAGAAAUGUGGUGGGUGUCAGCUGAAAAUAAAAGAUUUUAAACCGGAAACGAUGGUAGCCGAAGAGGAGGAAACUUCACUAGGUGAUAACGAUUACUAUGAUGACGCGGCUGGAGAUGUUAGUGAUAUUGAGAUAAAAUACGACAUCAUUGAAAGUUUCAGCAGUGAUGAAAGCGAAUCGGAAUCGGUUCCCGCAAGGAAAAUACGUAGAACGAACAAGGACAAUCCCAAGAAAUCGAAACCCACUCCAAAGAACCGGAUUUGCGAGAGACAAGCUAUCGAAAAACUGUUUGACGUUGUCCUUGCCUCACCGGAUGGUCCCUUUUUGGAAGUGCGACGUAAAGGUCCUGUUUGCUGUGGAUGCAUGGAGUUUUUCCUUAACGAGGACGAAUACCACGAGCACAUGAAACGAGAUCAUCCCAAGCAGGAGGAUCAACAGGAGCCGCAUGUGUGCAAAGUUUGCCAUUUUAGCUUUGAAACCGCUUUCCACCUGGAGAUGCAUAAGCGACGAUUGAUGACAAAGGUUUACUUCUAUUGCACGGCGUGCAAAGUUCUUCUAUUUUCUCGGUCCAUAUUCAAACAACAUAAGAUAUUGAAGCAUACCUCGGAGCAGAAUGAAACGGAAGCCGAGGGAAGGUAUGCGAUCGAGAACGAAGUUCGAUACGAAUGCUGCGUCAAAGGCUGCAACGUGAUGCGUUCGUCAAAGGAAAUGCUGGAUAAACAUCUCGACGCAACCCACAAACCCAGACCGGAAGAGCCCAACAUGUGCCGGUAUUGUGCCCGGACCUUCAAGUACCGGUCCGACUACGAGCUACACGUGGAGAGGCGCAGCGAUCGACCCAAAUACGUGUGCCGAAUCGACGACUGCACGUACGAGUCCAAUCGCAAGCGUACGAUCGUUUCGCACUGUACAGCCAGGCAGCACAUCAAGCCCAUCCGAGUCGGUAUGAAGUCCGCCCGAAGGGCCAACAUGAGCGCUCCGGAUUUGAAGCAUUUCGUCGUCGUUGAAACGAUCGGUGAUCGACUCGACGUUAUGAAGUGCACCGCAGUGGCGUGCUGCAAUUGUACUCUGUUUUUCGAUACGCAAGACGCACUGCGGAAACACGUGGAAGAUGCUCAUGCAGUCAAAGACUCACUUCCCUUCCGGUGUCAAGCUUGCAACAAAGGUUUCUCGAAACAGCUCGUUCUCGUUCGACACAACAACGAACACAAAGAGAAGCGGUACUACUACUGUCGGCCGUGCAAAGCGUUCAUUUGGGACUUCCGGCUCGUCGAUCAUCACAACGUGGACGCACAUGCCAAGGAAGACUCGGUCGCAGAUGAUCGAUUCGAGCAGACCACCAGUGUCUAUCAGAUUUGCUGUGGCUGUGACAAGCAGUUUGAAACGGAGCAGGAACUUGCAGAUCACCGGAAGCGAGAACACCUGGGGGUGAAACAAGUUCCCAAACUGCUUAAAAGAAGAACAUGCGAGCAUUGUCACAAACGUUUUCGAAGUGUGCGAAAGUUGGAGGAGCACAUCGAACAGUACGAGGAAAAGGCAGUCUACAAGUGCAAGAAAGGCGAUUGCACUUUUGAAAGCAUGUCUCGCGUUGCAAUUGUCAAACAUGUAGGUGGGAAGACUCAUUUCGACUCAAGUGGACGUAAAAAGUAUCAGCGAACAGCCAGAAGUCAAGCUCAACCCAAGCGAACAGUCAAGAUUGCGUGCUGCGUCUGUGGAGUGCAGCAAGCUUCCGAGGACGAGGUGAUCGAGCAUGCAAAGCGCGAUCAUGAAGAUAAGAUCGCCUUGUCGGCGCAGAAGUACAAAGAUCUUCCGCACAAAUGCCCGGUGUGCUACAGGGGGUUCAAAACUGCGGCGAAACUGCUGUACCAUCGAAGCCACCUGAUGCGGCACUGCAAAAAUUGCCAGAAACAAUUUGGCUUGACCGAGUUGGAAGCGCACUUGGUCGAGUGCAACAAGGCAUCCGUAACCAUGUGCGAUCUUUGCGGCAUGGAGUUUGCAAAUCAGCGGACCUUGGAACUGCACAACCUCCUCAAGCAUCAACAGGGGUCGGUGUUGCAGGUGUGUCCGGUGUGUGGCAAAAGUCUGUCCCAAUCCGGAAUGCGGGCCCAUCUGGCGGCGCACGAGAACAAGCGGCUGUGGAAGUGCGAGCAGUGUCCGUUGAGCUUCAACUACAAAGCGAUUUUCGACAGGCAUCAGUUGAUACACACUGGGGAAAAGCAGUACCAGUGUCGUUACGGGUGCUCGAAUCGCUAUCGGGCACCGGGGGAUCGGGUACGUCACGAAAACCAGAAACACCUGGGCAAGCUGCCGUUUGCGUGCCAGCUGUGUCCGGAAAAGUUUGUGCGUGAGCGCGAUCUGCGCCUGCACGAACGGAAGCACACCGGACUGAGGCUGUAUCCUUGUGCCACGUGUGAGGCGAGCUUCGAUAAGCAAAGCGAGCUGAAGGAUCACAUUUUGGAGUGUGGAUGUUGAUUUGUUGUUUGAAUUAACGUUUGACGUUUGAAUUUGAUUAGAUUUUGGGUUUUUGUUUUGCUUCGAAA